UCGCGGGCAGUAUAUAGGUUUGUGGGUGGAGUUUGUGAGGCAGUUGCCAGUGUAAGCUAGAGUGUUUAGGGCCAAGAUGUCGUCGCUGGAGGAGUUAUUGGAAGCGGUCCGGGCUGCGGUUCAGAUGCAUGGAGCUGAGCGCUUGCAGCAGACCAUCCAGGCUGCUUUGAUCCCCCCUUCUACGGCGGCCUUGCCGGCGCGUCCGCACAGGUCCAGGAGGUCGGUUCCCCCAGAGCGCCUGAGUCCGGAGCCUACGCCUCGGGUACGUCGUCACCUUAGAAGCCCCCCUAUGGCCCCUCCGAUGCAGUCUGCGGUGCCGGUGCCCGGUCUGGCGCCCAGACGCAGCGGGAGGAGUGUGUCGGCGCGAAGCAGGUCAGCGGCUGAGGGGCGGGAUGCUUCCGGCCCUGUCUCCCAUGCGGCGAGAGGAAGGGAGCGCGGACAGGCGGGUGUCUCCUCACAGGUGCGGCGUGGUGAGGAGCGAUCCCUGGCGGCCUUACCGUCUGAGAGGAGGAGCAGCACGGUCGGGCGGUCCGGCAGCCUGGGCCUUUCGUCGGUCGGGGAGGAGAGGUCUUCUGCGCCGCGGCCGGCGGCUUCCGGUCAGCGGCAUUCAAGCACUGGGAUAAGGGAGCAGGGAGGAACUGAUAGGAGCGUGUGUGCGUCGCGCCCCCUGGCGUUGGGGCGGCGACAUUGCGCAUUGCAGGGACUGUGGCUGUGGAUCCGUCUCCUGGCAUCUUGUCGCUUGAUGCAGCUCACGGCCCUCCGGCUGUGGGGCCCGAAAUGGUGAUGGGUGGCAGAGGAGACAAUAUGCGGCCUGUUGAUGAGGCCUGUGCUGCAGUCAAUUUAGCGGAGGACGGUCAACUGCAGUUGCAGGGUGACGGAGGGAUGUCGCCAUUGAAAGAAGGAGAAGUCGGCCCAAGCGAAGAAUUGGCGGCAGGCGCUUUGGACUUUCCUCUGGAGGACGACGCCGUGCCGUGCGGGAUGGACGCACUACUGAGGACACCUGGGAGGAGUUCUGCGGCUGCCGGUGAAGCGAUCCGGGGACGGCCAGUGGGAUCGUUUCCGCAGUAUCGCGCCGGGUGCCGAGUUACAGGGGUUGCCUUGGCCCCAGUGGCUCUGGAGCGUGGCCUUGGGGUGUCGGCAGGCUUCAUUAGGCAGUCUCUUAGUAGAGGUACGUGGUCGGCUUAUUCAUCAGUGUGGGCGUUGUGGGAGGAGUUGAUCGAGCAGGUAGGUGGUAGUAGUUCAUUGGAGGAUUUUCGGACGUUAUUGGUUUUUUGGGUGGGUCAGUCUUAUGCUGCGGGUUUGUCAUUCUCGGUUGCAUCUAAGAGGGUGGCGGCUGUUGCCUUCUGGUUGCGCUUGCGGGGAAUGGCUGACGUGUCUAAAUGUUUUAUGGUGCGGCAAGCUUUAAAGGGUUACCGUCGUGGCGCGUUGCGGAAGGAUAGUCGUAGGCCGGUUUCGUUUGGUGUGUUCCAGAUGCUAUGGACGGUGGCUGAGUCCGUUUUUGUGUGUCGGCGUAUGAAGUGUGUUUGUUUAGGGCGGCUUUUGCGUUGGCCUUUUUCGGGGCUUUUCGUAUAUCGGAAUUGGUUGCAGCUAGUCGCAUGGGUGGUGGUGGUUUGUUGUGGGAGGAUGUUUGGAUUGUAGACGGUGCCUUGAGAUGUAUGCUCCGCAAGUCUAAGACUGAUCAGGACGGUAAGGGUGUGGUUUUCUGGCUUAGGCCGUUAUUGGGGUCAGUUUUUUGUCCCGUGCGUUGUGUGAAGGAGUUUUUGGAGCUGCGUCCUGGCGGUUCGGGUGCGUUGCUGGUUCAUAGGGAUGGUUCACGGUUGUCGCGUUUCCAAUUUGUGGCUGUCUUCAGAAAAUGUUUGUCUGCCGCGGGUCUUCCUGCUAAGGAUUUUGCGUCUCACUCAUUCAGGAUUGGUGCCGCGACUGAGGCUUCUAGGUGGGGCCUGGGGGAGGAGGUUAUAAAGCGUAUCGGGCGCUGGGAGUCCGAUUGUUUUCGGUCAUAUGUCAGGCCUCAUCUGUUAUAGUGUUGCAGGGGGGAGUUAGUCCGUGUCUGUUCUUUAUUGAUUUGGAGUUUGCAGUGCUAUUUUGACUCUGUUUGUUUUUUGCAGGUGCGGUGCCUUGCUUGGCAUGGAUUUUCGGGCAUUCGUAUGUCUACUGGGGGGCCUUGCGAGCUGAUGUGAGGCGGAACGGUCGUCAAUUGGGUUUUCCGAUGGAGGAUUUGCUGGUCAGGUGGAUUGGUUUGAGGGGGCUUCUCUGGGGGUGUGUUUUGCCCGAGAUCCAUACCAACGUACUGUUAGAUCGCCCGCCUGAUAUCUUGGUUCUUCAUGCAGGCGGUAAUGAUUUGGGGGUUCGGCGGUCCCGUGAUGUGAUACGGGAUAUUAAGUUGGACGUUUUGCGUUUGAUGUCGGAUUUUCCGGAUUUGCUGGUGGUGUGGUCAGAGGUGGUUGCGAGGAGCAGUUGGCGGUUUGCCAGGUUGGUGGAGCGGCUCAAUAAAGCGCGGGCCAAGUUGAACAAGGAGGUGGGUCGUUUUGUGCGCAGACAGGGUGGUAUAGUGGUUCGACAUCGGGAAUUGGAGGCUGCAUCGCCUCAAUUCCUGAGAUCCGAUGGUGUGCAUCUUAAUGAUGUGGGAAUUGAUAUGUGGGCGUUGGGUAUUCAGGAGGGUCUGGAAACAGCCCUGAGGGUGUGGCGGGACUGCCCACAGGUGAGUCACCGGUGGUCGUCUGGUGGCUGAUUGAUAUGGGAUCCUGGGGGAGCAAUACAAUGGUUUAAGAGAUGCAGGACAUGUUGGAGCCUGUAUCUCAUGUGGUUGGUGAUUGCCGAGGAUGGGGCUCCUGUUUGGGCUAAAAGGCCUACAGGAGGAGAUACAUGGAUACUUCAAGGAUUUGGUGCCCUUGGGUCGGUGAGUGCGGCCAAGGGUAACCUUGAAGUAUAAGGAGAGAUGUUUAAGGAAGAUACCGCUUGUUUGGGUUGCCCUCCAGGAUCCUUGUUACGGUACAGUGGCGCAUAAGGUUGAGGGAUGUGUUAAAAUGUUUGUUAGUAUUAUGGUUAUUAUUAUUAUUAUUAUUGUGUGUGUAUAAUAAAGUUGGCCGUAAUGGUCAUUUUACCAAAGCAAGAAGGUUUCUGUGUGGUUAUUGGAAGGGAUGGGGUUUGGUAAGGCUAGCCGGAGGAAAAUUCUUCCAUCCUAGUAAGUCAUAAUAGCAACGGAGCAAGGCGCAGACAUAGUGGAGUGCUUCUUGACUUGGGGGGAAGACCGCAGGCUAGGAAAGGGUUACUGGUAG